AUGGCCCGGACUAGAUGGACGGAAGUAGAUCCUGAUUACAAGUCCGAUGAUGUAGUCGUUGAUCCGGCUGUCCCUUUAAAUGAAGAGCAGACGGCGGAACCGUCUGAGAGAGUUCCAAAUGAGGAUACUCCUCAAGAUUCUCCGGGUGUACCCAGCACACCGGGUGAUAGCAUUUUGGGUAGUUCUGGCUCUAAUGUCGAAGAAUCCAGUGAGGGAUCCGGUGAGGGAUCGGAUGAUGAAGAGUCCGGCUCUGAUGAAGAGUCUUCUGAAAAGGCUGCCCCUAUUGACGAGGAGGCCUAUAAAUGGCCGGCUAAGGGGGAUCCAACCGAUAUGACUAUGUCCGCCACGGAAGUAGCUAAAGGAAUGGUGCCUCCGAAGAAAACACCUGCUACAUCUGCCCUUCUUCUAAGGAAGAAGCAGAUUGAAGAAAAGAAGGUGGCACUGGCCGCCAAGAAUGCCGGGGCUGGGAGCCAAGUCAUUCCUCGCUCUUUAGCGAGUAUGCACAAAAGACCGGCUGGAAACAUACCUCAGUCGGCUUCUAAGGCACCAAAAGUGGCUACUCCGGCUGCUUCUAGUUCGAGGAAAACGCCUGACAAGGAUAGGCCUACUACAGCAAGGAAGAGCCUGCAAUCCAUUCCCCACUUCGAAAUGGCGGUGGAAGAAAUAAGACAGGCUGUUCGUACCUAG